AUGACAAACGGCGGGUUGAUGCAGUUUCCAAAACCGUCAAUUGUUGAGCAGUUGGCGGCAAAGGGCUUGCUUGAAAACGCUCUAGAUCUCAUGGCCAGCAGGCUGGCCGAAGACAUAAACAAAGGGAACCUCGAUUAUGCUGAAAAAUUCACCCAAGACUAUAUUCGUCAAGCAUCGUCUGAUCCGCGGAUCUCUGCUUCGGCUCAGCUCAGAAAGGCAGUGUAUAUUCUGACUUUUGAAUACAACGUUCUCGUCAAUCCCUCGAUGGAAAUUGUUUGGGACAUUGUCAUGGUGUAUGGCCUGUUGAAUAGCGGCAAAGUUACUGAGUUUUUAAAGCAUCUCCCGCCAAUUUACAAGCCCAAGUUCCAUAAAAUUUUGCUGCACCUUGCUCAACAACCCGCAAUUCAGGAUCUGGACAAAGCUCUUAGUCUAGUAUUCACCACCCAAUUCAGCGAAAUCAUCACUCCAGAGUUUGUGCGCACCAUCAAAGGCACGAAAACUGAAAAUGCCCGUAUUAUUGUGUGUGUUGCCAAAUCUCAUAUGGCGUCCGCAUCUGCACAAACACUGUUGUCAUUAUUUCCUGAUCUUAAAAUUAUCAGAGCUAACGAACUACUUGAAUCUGCAUCUCUCGAGGAGGUUACUCAAAAGCUAUUGGAUGACCCGUCACAAAUCACCGGCAGAUCCAAAUCAAAACCAAAAUACAUCUUGCUCGACAAGGCUGAAAAGAACGGGCCAAACACCAAGCAAAGAACGUUGCAAAUGGCCUUGGAAUACCUCGACGAGGAUCCUGAUGAUGAUAUGGGUGUGGCCCAAGAAUCCCUGUCUGCAGCAGACCGUCGUUUGUUGGAGCAAGACAAAAUGCUAUAUGAUGCAUUUACUAGAGACCCAAAGCUAUUUGACAAGGAGUCUCGGAAAACUAAAAAUCGCGAACAACUCAAGAAAAAGUUUGACUGGACAGACGAACAACUAGAAGGUUGGGCCGUCAUGGUUCAGCGAGAUCCCAAACGAAAAGCUAAACUAGCAUGGGAUGCGGAUUUCGGAAUCAAAGCGUCGCCCACGCCCGAGCCCCAAGCACAACCAGGGGAAUCCAAAACAAAGCCUGAGGCGACCGAAAAACCGAAGCGUAAGCCUCCACCAAAGGCAAAGUAUAAACAGCAUCACAAAGAUAAGCCAUUAAAGGAAUAA